AUGGCUGAAAGUAUGGCUGGAAGAAGUAAUUCAGCUCCUGUUAUUCCUCAGUUUUCUGGGGAAAAUUAUCAAAUAUGGGUUGUUAAAAUGAGAUAUUAUUUGAGGUCUCAAGGAUUAUGGGAGAUUGUAGAUGAAGAUAAGCAAGUUCCACCACUGAGAGCAAAUCCCACGCUGGCGCAAAUCAAGCUACACGAGGAGGAGAAGAUGAAAAGAGAUAAAGCUAUCACUUUCCUUCAUUCAGCUUUGUCAGAUGCAAUAUUUACAAGCAUAAUGCAUCUUGAAACAGCCAAGCAAAUAUGGGAUGAAUUGAAAGAAAGAUUUGAAGGAAAUGAAAGAGUCAAGUCAGUGAAGUUAUUAACUCUCAAAAGAGAGUUUGAACUCUUUAAAAUGAAAGAGGAUGAAUCAGUUAAAGAUUAUUCUUCAAAGCUGCUGGAACUAGUGAAUCAAAUGAGGCUUUAUGGUGAGGUUGUUGAAGACUUCAAAGUGGUGGAGAAAAUACUGAUCAGCUUACCGGAGAAAUUUGAAGCAAAGGUUACUGCUAUUGAAGAAUCAUGUGAUCUAAAGAGGCUCACAAUUUCAGAAAUGAUAAGCAAAUUGCAGGCUCAAGAACAAAGGAACUCUAUGAGAAAUGUUGAUGUAUCUGAAGGAGCAUUUCAAGCAAAACAAACAGGAGAACGGUCUUCGACAGUGAAUCAAAAAUGGCUGAAACAUGAAAAAAAACAGUGGUGA